UGCUUGGUGACGUCACACAAUAACAGGAAGUAAAAGACAAACACGCCGCUGGAGUUUUGCUACAUUCUCGGUGUGUGGAUGAUAAAUGUGGCAUUUUAAUGACCGAAACCUAAAAAAGAAAGUCUCAAAAUUAGAAAUGUGGUCGACUUUUAGCUUUUCUUAUCUUUAUGUUUUCUAGACUCCCUCUUUGUUCAUAUGUGAGCUUUUAAGGAGGCUCAAUCAAUGGAGAAAUACACGCAGCUGAGGGUCGUCGGGGAAGGCUCCUUCGGUCGGGCUGUAUUAGUCCAGAGUAAAAACUCUGAGGAAAAAUAUGUAAUCAAGGAUAUCCAGCUGCCAAAGAAAGAGUCAAAAUUGCAGGAUUCAAGAAAAGAAGCCAUUCUCCUCUCAAGAAUGAAACAUCCUAACAUCGUGGCCUUCAGGGAGUCAUUUGAGUUGAACGACCUCCUGUGUAUUGUUAUGGAAUACUGCAGUGGAGGAGAUCUUCUCCAGAGGAUUCAGCAACAGAAAACUACCAACUUCUGCACUGAAAAUAUACUGAGAUGGUUUGCUCAGAUGUGUGCCGGUGCUCAGCAUAUUCAUGACAAGAGAGUUCUGCACAGAGACCUAAAGUCCAAGAACAUUUUUUUGGCAGGCGACGGCUCCAUCAAGCUCGGGGACUUUGGUUCUGCUUGUGUCCUGAACAGCUCAAAGGCGUACGCUCAUGCAUAUGUUGGGACACCGUUUUAUGUGGCACCAGAAAUCUGGGACAACAAGCCGUACAACAAUAAGAGUGACGUGUGGUCGCUGGGCUGCGUCCUUUACGAGCUUUGCACUCUGCAACACCCGUUCCAGGCCUCUAGCUGGAAAAGCCUCAUUUUGAAGGUGUGUCGGGGGGCCUACCCACCCCUCCCCAGGCACUUGCCGUACGAGCUGAUGCAUUUGAUCAAACAAAUGUUUAAGACCAACCCAAAAGAUCGGCCGUCUGUGCAGACCAUCCUGACUUCUCAUCGGGUUUCCAAACUGCUUCGCUCACACCUGCCCUCACAGGCUUUAGAAAAAGUUAAAGAUGGCCGACGUCCUGGUAGAUGGAACAGGGAAGAGGGGGCGAAAAUGGCUCAAUUUCUGGGAGACAAGAGCUUACAAGAAACAUCCACAUUUGGAGCAGCUGUUGAGUUCCCCAAAACCAGCGUUGAAAGCGAAAAACCUGGUCCAAGAAGACAGUGGACGACUGAUCCACCGGACAGCGUGCUGCAGGCGAUGGCCAACGCCAGCCUCCUUUCGUCAGACAGCAUGGCGUCAUCUACUUCAAUACACGGAAGUGAGUCAGAGGACAGACGGCGGAGGAGACUGUGGGACAAGGAUCCUCCCCAAAAGCUUCUGAGUAUUUUGGAGAAAGCUCAGCUGAACAAAGCUUUCAGCACAUAUUUAAUAAACAUAACAGGCAACGAUCCUCUGAUGGGACCCCUCUCCCAGCCACAGGGCGAUGAAAGUGAUGGUCCUGAACCAGAGGUAGCUGUAGAUGAGGACAGACUGCAGCCACGCUCUGAUGAUGAAGACACGGACUUUGAGGAGGAGUCUCCGUGUGAUUGGAUGGAAGAAGUGGAGAAGAUGUUUUCAGAACACUAAAGCCUUCUUUGCCAUUAUAAAAACAUCUACACUUGUAGAAUUUUCUGACACUUUGCUUGUGCUAAAAGAAUUUCCUUCCAUGUUUAAGGAGCUGUUGUGUCAUUUGUACCAAGAUGUUUGAAUCUUGAUUAAACUUUGUUUUAUAAAAAGACGUAUAUGUUCUGACUCAA